AUGGCUCCCAAGAAGCAGUACGUCUACGCGAUCACGCGUCGCGACUUCGAGGACGGAGACAAGAAGGGCACCCUCAGCCUGCUUGAGAUUCACGCCACCGUUGACUCUGCCAAUGCCGCCGCCUUGGACGCUUCUGGCGACGACCAGGACGAGACGUCCGAGUCCCAGACUAAGGAUCUCUGCGUCACCUACAAGAACAAGACCCAGAACUUCACCAUCGUGGUGAAGAAGACGGAGUUGAAGGACGACACCGAUGGCAACGGUCAAGGUGGCGCGAGCGUCGCGAGUGCCGUGAGCUCUACCGCAAAGAGCGGCACGAAGAAGGCUCCUGCCAAGAAGGCGCCCGGCGCGACGAAGAAGACCACUAUGCUCCAAGGCGAGCCGGAUUCUCUGCAGGGCUUGAAGCUCAUCUUCACCGGCAGCUUGAGCAUGGACCGGACCACCUGCGACCUGACCGCUAAAGCUCACGGUGCUGAAAUUGUCUCCGCCGCCAAUAUGGAUGAGGCCGACUAUGUCGUUCUGGGCAACAAGCCAGGAGAGAAGAAGCUGGCGGAUAUUAAAGACAAGGGCCUGUCGACCCUCACCGAGGAGGAGUUCGUCGAAAUGCUCAACCAGCCUGCUUCGAAGAAGCGCAAGGUUUAG